GAAGAGACAUGGCGACCGUCAAAUGAACGAAUACCGACAUCAUCAUGUUUGUGGAAAACUUCAAGGACGACUUCUAUACGAAAAUCAUCAACCAGCGUUUACUCAUUCUCGUAGCACUUGAAGCGGACGCUCUUUGUGCUUGUAAGAUCCUUCAGAGUUUGCUACAUGGUGACAACAUUCAAUACACUCUAGUGCCGGUAGACGGCGUGACGUCGCUGCAGGGAGUGUUUGAAGAGCACGGAGAUCAGAUCAAGCAUGUUGUGAUGAUCAACUGCGGUGGUAGUGUUGACAUCCUGGAAAUUCUCCAACCUCAGGAAGACGUCUCGUUCUAUAUCAUAGACAGCCACCGUCCUCUAUUUCUCGACAACAUCUUCAAUCAACAACAGGUGAAACUAUUGGUUGACUCCGAGACUGAAGCAUUUGAAUUGCCGGAGUUUGAUGAUAUUUAUCGCUCAGACUCCGAAGAUGACGAAGGUAGGUCUGACCUGGAGGAAGAGGAAGAGGAAGAGGAAGAAGAAAAGGAACACGAGUCUGAAACAGAACCAGCAGCUAAGCGACCCCACAGAAAAGAGACUCGAUAUCAACGUCAGAGGAGAAGGAGAUUAUGGCUACGAAGACGAGAUGAGAUCAAACACAAGUAUUACUACUACGCUCACAAAGGAACGGCAUCUGCACUGCUGAUGUUUGACUUGGGUUGGAAAUUAUCAAAAGACAACGUGGACUUGCUGUGGUACGGCAUUGUAGGGCUAGCAGAUCAAUAUGUAAAUUGUCUUAUUGACCGAGAGAAGUAUGUCACAGAUUUAGGAAACGCUCACAACCACGUGUUGAGAUUAUGCAGAAACGACACGGAAGGCGCUGCGGCUUCGGUUAACUCAAGGAAAAUUGUAUUUGACAACGAGUUGUGUUUGACACUGUAUCGACAUUGGACACUGUACGACAGCCUCUAUCACUCCGAGUACACGUCGUGUAGAUUCAGAGUCUGGACGGUGAGAGGACAGAAACGGCUGCAAGAGUUUCUAGCAGAUAUUGGCGUUCCCUUGAGUCAAUGUAAGCAGAAGUUUAGCUGCAUGGAUGUCGAAAUGAAAACUAACGUGAAGGAGUGGAUCACAAAGUUGGCAGAGAAAUAUGGUUUCCACAGACUUGAUAAGAUCAUGGUUGGAACAUUCUACACUCAGUUUGGAUAUUGCAAUAAGGUGUGUGCAGAAGAUAUGGCUCAUUGUCUUUCAGCACUGUUGCACAGUCCGGACAGAGGCCAGUCUGUCACUGACAAUUUUCACGGGGCUCUUGACGCCCUAACGAGAACAAACACAGAUCUACUUCAGAAAGGUCUGCGAUUGGCUCAGGACCAGCAAGUUGCAGUCUCUCGUCAAGUAAAGUCUUUCAUUGAUAUGCGUCAACCGAUAAACGCCGGCCAAUUUAUUUAUGCUCACGUGGAUAUGAGCAUGCCUUACGUGAAGUAUUUCAUGACGUCAAGCAGCCUGUUUCAGCUCGCAAGAUUUCUCAUGAAUGCGUGGAACUUGACCACCAAGAAAGCAAAGGAGCUUUCGUUUGUUCUGUCUGUUCCAUUGGAUUCCGACCAAGGCACUUGUCUUAUUGUUGGAAUACCAUCUGUAAUGGAAGAGCAGCACAGAAGCUUUUUGGGUCGAGCAUUUGAGCAUGCUGCAGCCAGGAGUCACGUUAGGGCUAAAAAAGACAGCUUUGAUGCUGCAGUUAUUGAACUGAAAAUGGAUGAUCGUAUGGAAUUUUGUGACGCAUUGUCGCAUGUGCUGAGUACUUGAACCCACCAAAUAUUCGAGUCAAUUGAGUGGAUGUAUUUAGUAGCAACAGAGUUUGGAGCACAAGGGCUUGACGCUCUGACUUCAAUUUAUAUUAUACUUAUUGACUGAUUAAUAAAGACUGCAUGUGUCUGUAAAGGGUCAACAUACGGUGCAG